AUUAGGUUAUCUGCAGGUGAAGUGUUUGUGUUUGCACUUGGCAACACACAGAUAUUAUAUGCGAAUCAACCAGACGCAGUGAGGGAGAUUACAACAUGCACGUCCUUGGACUUGGGGAAGCCUACUUAUCAAUAUAAAGAGCGCGGCCCUUUACUUGGUCAAGGUAUUUUGACCUCAAAUGGCGCCUCAUGGGCCCACCAGCGUAAAAUCAUUGCUCCUGAACUAUACAUGGAGAAAGUUAAGGGAAUGAUCAACUUAAUUACAGAGUCAACAGCUACUCUGAUAAAUUCAUGGAACAGUAGGAUUGAGGCAGAGGGAGGAGUUGCCGACAUAAAAAUUGACAGCUACAUAAGAAGUUUCUCUGGUGAUGUAAUCUCAAGAGCUUGUUUUGGAAGCAACUACUCCAAGGGGGAAGAGAUAUUUCAGAAACUAAGAAAUCUCCAGGAGGCUAUGUCCAAGAAAAUCUUUUUGACUGGAGUUCCUGGAAUGAGACACCUUCCCACGAAGAGCAACAGGGAAGCUUGGGCAUUAGAAAAGGAGGCUAGCACUUUGAUCCUGCAAGUAGUCAAGGAAAGACAAGCAGCAGGAUAUGAGAAAGACCUCUUGCAAAUGAUUCUUGAGGGUGCUCGAAACACUGACCUCAGCCCAGAAGCAACAGACCGCUUCAUUGUUGAUAAUUGCAAGAACAUUUACUUGGCCGGCUAUGAAACCACAGCGGUUUCAGCCACUUGGUGCCUCAUGUUGUUGGCUUCAAAUCAAAAAUGGCAAGAACGUGUCAGGGCAGAGGUCCUUCAAAUUUGCCAAGGCCAGAUACCUGAUAAUGAAAUGGUUCGCAAGAUGAAACAGCUAACAAUGGUGAUUCAAGAAUCACUGCGGCUAUAUCCACCAGUUACUGUGGUGUCAAGGGAGGCUUUCAAGGAUAUGAAAUUUGGGGACAUAAAUGUUCCAAAGGGUUUCAAUGUUUGGACCACAGUAGUGACACUGCACACUGAUCCAGAAAUAUGGGGCCCAGAUGCCUACGAAUUCAACCCAGAUAGGUUUGCAAAUGGGAUCACAGGUGCUUGCACGCUUCCCCACUUGUACAUGCCAUUUGGGGUUGGACCAAGAGUGUGUCUUGGACAGAACUUGGCCAUGGUUGAGCUCAAGGUUCUCCUAGCCCUCAUAGUCUCCAACUUCUCCUUCUCACUUUCUCCCAAGUACAAAUAUGGACCGGCUCUUAGAUUGGUUGUGGAGCCAGAGCAUGGAUAUUACUAUAUAAUUCAUAGCAAAUGGUGCCAAGAAUUGUUGUGA